AUACACCAGCACGGACUAUUUGCAAGGCAAAGCUGAGAUAAAUUGUGUUUUCCUCUGUCUCCUGAUGAGAUAAGGAUGUAUACUUCACCGGCAGCUACGUCGACCUUUGCGCUCGUAGUUAGCGUCUUAGCAACAAUAAAAGUUUUAGCCAGCCAUUCGGGCAACCUACCAGUGAGUCCGAGGAAAAGCACAGGUCUCCACAACGAUGGCAAAAACUGGAAUGAGUUCAGGAAAACCAAAAGUAUCGGCACCAAGUAUAUAAGCAUGACACUAAAUCCACUGUGCUAUUUGACUGGUAUCUUUCCAUGCCCCUGUGCUGUAUCGUUAGGUGAUAAUGUCGUUAUGAACUGUUCGCACAGAAAUCUAACAUUUGUACCUAAAAACAUCCCCCAAAAUGUCACCGAGUUACUUCUCAGCUACAAUAACAUUGAAACUCUUCCAAAUGGUGUUUUUAUGAGCUACCGCUCUCUGCAAUCACUGGACAUCUCAUAUAACAACCUGUCCUAUUUCGGCUCAGGUGCGUUUGACGGAUUGCAUCAACUGAGAACUUUGCGUCUGGAUGGAAAUCCGUUCAAGAUGUCCAACAAAACGUUUGCUGAGGACGUAUUCGACUCUCUUGAGAGUCUUGUUGUGUUAAGUUUAAAGUCUAACUUAUACAGUGAUGACCCGGAGAUUCAAUACCCGGAUGUUGCCUUGGGUAAACUCUCUUCACUGGAGACGCUUCUAAUCAAUGGAUUGUCGAACAAGACAUUUGGAGAAGGCGUUCGCAAAAUGACGUCACUUCAAACACUGGACCUUUCUUGCACACCUUCCUUUACAUCCAUAUCUAAAGAUACAUUCGUCAACUUCUGUGGUGUUCCGUUGAAGAAUUUAUUGCUAAGCCACUGUGAUCUGAGGUGGAUCCACAGAGAGGCUUUCACACAUAUGUCAAACAUCGACACUAUUGACUACAGCUACAAUAAGGACCUGGAGAUUAAAGGAGUGGCGAUCAGCUGGUAUGGUCUCCAGAAGUCUACAAUCCGGAAAAUCGUGAUGCGACGGGUUCAUGCGCAACCAUAUUUGACUGUUGUUACGAAGGAGGACGUACAGUACAUCACGAACACGAACCUUGAGGAACUGCACCUGGACAACAACACCAUUGGCCAACUGGAGGAAGGCGUAAUUCAGCUUUUGCCGUUAUCAAUCAAAGUGCUCCGCGCGUCAUGGAACAAUUUACAGACAAACGUGAGGCAGAUGCUUCACCUUUUACGGUUGAAAAGUAUCACUGAAAUAGAUGCCAGUUACCAGGAAGUACAGUCUAGGGCAGCGUUCGGUAGAACACCCAAGGUAGAUCGUAAAAUUCAUUUUAGCGAAACAUCGGCAGAAUUGCGUAAAAUUCGACCCAACACUUCGAGAAACAAAAACACAACAGGAAAUCACGUGUACUUUGGCAUAAUUCUUCCUCCAAAUUUAUGGCUGGUGAACAUCAGUGAUACGUACAAACUGCGUUUCGCCAUCCCGUAUUUGGAAUUUACCAGUUCAAGCCUCAGCCAUUUGAAUGCCGCUAAUAACCUUUUGGAGGAAUGGGUAGGUCCCGUCAAAGGGUCAGAGACACUUCGUCAUCUUGAUCUAACGGGCAAUAAUUGCUACAAAGUUUCAGAGACGUUUUUUGCCUAUGCGACAAAUCUGGAAACAUUGCUCAUCGGAAAAAACAGACUUGGGAAAGACUUUAGCGAGAACACGUUUCAUAAUCUCACUAAACUAAAUCGCCUGGACAUAAACCACAAUCAACUUGAAACGGUUGGACGCAGCUUGUUUUCAAGACUAACAAACCUCACUUAUCUGAACUUGUCCGGAAAUUACCUUUCGAACUGGAGAGCGAACAUUUCCGGUCUAGUCAAACUUAGGAAUCUAGAUUUAUCGAACAACAAACUAAAAGCAUUCCCUCUGUCAUUAUGUAGAGAUCUUGAUACUAUCCAGCAAUUCACCCCCAUCCAAGUUGACACCCAGAGGAACAAACUUCAGUGCAUCUGUGACACGGAGUAUUUCAUCGAGUGGUUAACACAAACCAAAGUUGACAUCCGCAAUUUAAAUUCCACUUCCUGUACUCUGGAAAAUGGCACAGUGGUGUCUUUGUCAGGCAGCACUUCCAUUCUGAAUCAUCUUCAGCGGCACUGUCGAUCUUACACUGUUCUAAUUGGUGGAUUAUGCGCAUGUCUGGCUUUGUUCCUUAUUGCGGUACUGGUUGGAAUCGUCCGCCGACAUCGCUGGAAACUCCGUUAUCUGUUCUACAUGGCGACUAACUGGCGAAAGAGAACGGGUUACCAAAGACUGGACACCGUCGACCAGAAUCCCUUUGGUUACGACGCUUUUGUGUCUUAUGAAGACUCGGAUCGAACAUUCAUCCGUGAACAGGUUAUUCCCCGUCUGGAAAGGGACGCUGGCUUAAAGCUCUGUAUAGACAAGAGAGAUUUCAUACCUGGACUCUAUGUUACUGACAACAUUCUGCAUGCCAUACAGAACAGCAGGAAAACCGUGAUCUUCCUCUCUCGAAAGUUCCUAAAAAGCAAAUGGUGUGUGUACGAGAUGAACAUGGCUUGGAUGGAGGGGAUUCAUAGCGGCAGAGACGUACUGGUGAUGGUUCUGACAGAGAAAAUACCGACCAGUCAACUUUCCGCUGACAUUGUAGACGUCAUCCACAACCAGACGUACAUCGAGAUGACGAACAACAGGUACGGCGAAGCGCUCUUCUGGGAAAGACUUGCUUCGGCCAUUAAGGCUAACUAACCAUCCGGGUUAUGGAAAUCCGGGACCAAAGUUUAGCCUCUCCCGAAUUCAACAACAUUUUGAGGUCUCUAAAAAUGGGAGCAUUAGGGAAUAGACGCCAACCAUAUUCUAAUUGCUUCCAUUUUUUGUAAUUCUGAGUUUUGAAACGAACUCCUUUUGAGACCUCGUGUUUGUAACAUGAGACCUGGAAGUCCUUGUACUGCUUUUGUAGAGACUAAAACUUUUUCAGUGAACUAAUUUCACCGGUUUUGUGUGACGAGGAGAAGCACAUUGCGAAACAAUGUCGACUGUUUUAUUUUAAUUCCUCAAUAGCCCUUGACCUUAAAGGGAAAGACGUCUAGACGUCUGUCUAGAACAAAACUUUCUUCCAACUCCUGAAGCCCUGUGCUUAAAUCAGUGGAUACCUCAAACCUUUCAAUUUUAGUAACUAAACACUGUACAUAUAGUGUAUCGCGUGCGCUCGUUUGCACAUAGCCAGCUUUUUCUCACACAUGUAAAAUGGGGAAACAUUGAGCAAACUCAUGCUUGUAAUCUGCUUUAUAAAUCAACACCGGGAAAUGUGCUGCAUUUUUGCAGUUUGAAUUGUGUUAACUUUUGUGCAGGUAAUAGUGGUUGGGCUAUAUUUAGGGAUUCCAUUCUCCAGAAUGAUAUACCUAAAAUAUUCGUUCUGUUUUUUCUUCUUAUAAUUAUUUUUUUCACCGACUUUGUGACCAAGAUUUUCCAACUCCGCUCAACAUACAGGCCCCAAAUUUGGCACAUAUUAUCUGUCAGAUAUUUUCCAGGGGUAUUCUUUAAAAUUUGUUUCUAGAUCACGUGGUUUGGACGCCAUAUUGGAUUUUGUUUGAAACUUUUAAAAAUCUUCUUCUUAAGAAUCAC